UUGUGUGUAUAAUGGAUGGUGGUAGAUUGACGGAUCAGGACGACCACCUUAGCAAGCAGCAGUGGAUUUGGGUGUUGGAAGACGAGCUCGGUUCCCUCAUUUGGGUAACUCUGAGGGAUGAGACAUCCUAUGUUGGUAUUUUCAAGAGCUUUGAUCAAUAUGGAAACAUAUUCUUGACUGAUAGUGUUAGGAAGGUCAUUGUACAAGCUGAGGGUGUAUUUAGUGACGUGUAUAAUGGUAAUUUGAUCAUCCGUGGUGAGAGUAUUGCUUAUUUUUGUUCGCUUGAUGCUGAGUCAUAUUUGAAUACUUUUAAAUACGACGGUGCGUUUGAUUGCGCACGUAUUCGUAAAAUCGCACGUAAACGGGGUAAUGCGCCAUCUAUUCCUUCCACCAUUUCCCCUUUGCGCUAUAUACCACUAGAUGAUGCUUUACGUAUGCUUAAGGAAUACCAGGAUCGCCUACCGGUACGACCUGGUGUUCUUAACGACAUGAUGGGCAAUGACGCAUAUGUAUGACAUAUAGCCGGUCUAAUGUGUUCAGUAGUUUUCAU